UGGCUGUGCGGCAGCGCGGCGCAAUGGGGCGCGACAGCUCGGUGCAGUCGUCGCUGGUGGCGACCUCGUCGUCGGACCAGGCCAGCGGCGGAAAGAACUCGCGCGAUGACUCGAAACGGAAGCGGCGACGCUUGCGGCGCGUCUCGACGAAGCGGCCCAAAUACCGUCGGCCAGUGGUGCGGCGGAUCAGCACCAAAAUACUCGGAAAGAAGAAGCCGGUCAGGAAGAAGAACCCGCUGCAGUGGCUGAAGGCGGCAUCGUCGCGUGCGGCUGGCCCGUCGCCUGUGGCGAGGUCAGCAGGCGGCCCGGCCAUGCCGGCCGCGCCCAACGCCACCGGCCCUAACAGCACCUACGGGCCCGACGAUGACUAUGACGCCGACGAGAAGACCCCGCUGCAGGAGGACAUCUAUGGCGGCAGUCGGCGUAGCAUCGUUCCCGAGACGAAGAAAUGGGACGUGUUCCGCGUGCUGCCGCCGGACAACGACUCCGGCUCGGAGGCGAACCAGCGCUGCCUCGAGAUCACCGUCAAGAUCGUCAAGGUGAUCGUCUACAUCGUCACCUUCGGCGUCGUGCUGACCUGCGGCGUCAUCGCCAAGGGCACCACGCUCUUCAUGACGUCCCAGCUAAAGCGGGACAAGAGCGUUGACUACUGCAACAAGAACAUCGGCCUCGACAAGACCUGGCAGGUGCAGCUGCCCGACGUCGAGAAGGUGGCCUGGGUGUGGUGCCUGUUCUUCUGCUUCAUCACGCCGGAGGCCGGCACGCUCUUCCGAUCCACCCGGAUGUGCUUCUUCAAGUCGGUGCGUCGGCCCGAGUUCGCCCACUUCCUAGUGGUGGUGCUGUUCGAGUCGCUGCACACCGUCGGCCUGGCGCUGCUCAUCUUCUUCGUGCUGCCGGACCUGGACGCCGUGAAGGGCGUCAUGCUCACCAACUGCGUCUGCAUCGUGCCCGGAAUAUUCGGCAUGCUGUCACGCACCAACAAGGAGUCGAAGCGCUUCUUGAAGACGGUGUGCGACAUUGCCGCAAUUUUGGGCCAGGCCUCUGGUUUCAUCGUCUGGCCCAUCGUCGAGUACCAGCGGGGCAACGUCAACGCCUGCUGGGCCAUCCCCCUGGCCGUUGUGCUGACAUCUUUCGGCUGGUGGGAGAACUACGUGGACCGGAAGUCGCGAGUCAAGACAAUUCAGUAUUUGGGAACGAUCAAAGAGAAGAUGAAGAAGACCCGCUACUGGACGUACCUGUUCGUGUCAUUGUGGAAGGUUAUGGUGUUCUUUGCCUGCAUGGUCUUGUUUAUGUACCUGCGCCUGGAUGACGUCAACGACCUCUUCUCCAAGUUCACCGACAGCUUCGACGAGCACAAGCUGUUCGUCAACGAGACGUCCAGCGCGCCGAUAAGUGCCGUCACCGACACGGCCAACUUCGAUCGUCGCUUCGCCGACACCAAGACCAUCUUCUCGGACAGCAGCGCUGCCAUCUACGUCUGCUUCAUCCAGAUCUUCUCCGCUUACCUCGCAUACAUCUUCGGGAAGUUUGCCUGCAAGAUCUGCAUCCAGGGCUUCAGCUUCGCGUUCCCGGUGAACCUGACGAUCCCGGUGACGCUGUCGCUGCUGCUGAUGAGCUGCGGCCUCCGCGCCGGCGACGCCUGCUUCCUGCGCGACACCAUACCCGGAUACCUGUUCUUCGAGUGCCCGUCCGGCGACUACAUCAAGGACUUUAUCGCUGGCGAGCACGUCUGGAUCUGGGUGCUGUGGCUGUUCUCCCAAACCUGGAUCACGCUGCACAUCUGGACGCCGCACUGCGAGCGACUGGCCGCCACCGAGACCCUGUUCGUCACGCCCAUGUACAACUCGCUGCUGAUCGACCAGUCGCUGAGCAUGAACCGGCGGCAGGACGACGAGCCAGAGCGGCUCGACUCGGACACGCGGGUCAUCGACCCAGACGACCCUGACGGCACGCAGCACUACGAGACCAUCAGCAUCCACACAGACUCGUCGCAGACGGCCAACGUCAAGCCCUCGGACCACAUCACGCGCAUCAUCGCCUGCGCCACCAUGUGGCACGAGACGCAGGACGAGAUGAUGGAGAUGCUGAAGUCGGUGCUGCGCCUGGACGAGGAUCAGUCGGCCAUGAAGGUGGCGCAGGAGUACCUCAAGGUGCGCGACAAGGACUACUACGAGUUCGAGACACACAUCUUCUUCGACGACGCCUUCGAGAUGUCGGACGAGGACGAGGACGAGCAGGUGGCCAACCGCUUCGUCAAGCUGCUGGUGGAGUGUAUCGACGAGGCGGCGUCGCACGUGCACCAGAUCCCGAUCCGCCUCCGGCCGCCAGUCAAGACGCCGACGCCGUACGGCGGAAGGCUGACGUGGACGCUGCCGGGCAAGACCAAGAUGAUCGCCCACCUGAAGAACAAGAUGCUGAUCCGGCACCGCAAGCGCUGGAGCCAGGUGAUGUACAUGUACUACCUGCUCGGCUACCGGCUGAUGGAGCUGGACAUCUCGGUGGAGCGCAAGGAGAUCAUGGCCGACAACACCUACCUGCUGACGCUGGACGGCGACAUCGACUUCCAGCCGUCCGCCGUCAAGCUGCUGGUCGAUCUGAUGAAGAAGAACCGCAACCUGGGCGCCGCGUGUGGCCGCAUCCACCCGGUGGGCUCGGGCCCGAUGGUGUGGUACCAGCUGUUCGAGUACGCCAUCGGCCAUUGGCUGCAGAAGGCUACCGAGCACAUGAUCGGUUGCGUGCUCUGCAGUCCCGGCUGCUUCUCGCUCUUCCGCGCCAAGGGCCUGAUGGACGACAACGUGAUGAAGAAGUACACGCUGACGUCUCACCAGGCGCGCCACUACGUGCAGUACGAUCAGGGCGAGGACCGGUGGCUGUGCACUCUGCUGCUACAGAGAGGCUAUCGGGUGGAGUACUCGGCCGCCUCCGACGCCUACACCCACUGUCCGGAGGGCUUCAGCGAGUUCUACAACCAGCGCCGCCGCUGGGUGCCCUCGACAAUCGCCAACAUCAUGGACCUGCUGAUGGACUACAAGGCCACCAUCAGGAUCAACGACAACAUCUCGCUACCGUACAUCGGCUACCAGUCGUUCCUGAUGGCUGGUACCAUUCUGGGGCCCGGCACCAUCUUCCUCAUGUUGGUGGGAGCUUUCGUGGCCGCCUUCCGAAUCGACAACUGGACGUCCUUCCAGUACAACGUCUACCCCAUCAUCAUAUUCAUGGUGGUCUGCUUCACACUGAAGUCUAGCAUUCAGCUGCUGGUGGCCCAGAUACUCUCGGCCGGCUAUGCCUUGAUCAUGAUGGCCGUGAUCGUGGGUCAAACGCUGCAGCUGUAUGAGGACGGGCCCGGGUCGCCAACCUUCAUCUUCCUCAUGGCAACCAUCCUGUUCAUGGUGAUAGCAGCCAUUCUGCAUCCGCAGGAGUUUAAGUGCAUCAUCCCCGGGUUUAUCUACCUGCUGUCCAUUCCGUCCAUGUACCUGCUGCUCAUCCUGUAUUCCCUGAUCAACCUGAACAACGUCACCUGGGGUACACGUGAGGUGCUCGCCAAGAAGACAAAGAAGGAGCUGGAGGAAGAGCGAAAGGCGGCCGAGGAGGCCAAGAAGCGGCCGGACGGCAUUCUAGGCUACCUCUACAACACGCAGCCGGUCGACCAGGACGGCUCCAUCGAGUUCAGCUUCGCCAACCUCUUCCGGAUCAUGUGCUGCACGUACCCGAAGCAGAUCAACGAGCGUGAGCAGCUCAAACGCAUUGCCGAUUCUCUGGACGCUCUGAACCGUCGCAUGGACCAAGUGGAGGG